AGUAUUUAGUAAACUGUCGCCACCAAAUGUUCCGUGGUGGAAUGAAUUAAAUGAAGAAAUUGAGAUUUCAAGACGAACGAGCCUUGUUUCCGUGGCGUUGAGAAGAAAAUAAUUUGGAAAAGUUGAGCUGAGAUCGAGGCUGCGGCUGAUCCAUCUCCGUCCACCGGCCGGCUGGGAGAGAACGACAAAAUUAAUUAAUAAUUAUCUGUGAUUAACUAAAUAGUUGAGUAUCAAGCUCUAAAGAUAGGUUUACUUAUCUCGGUCCCUUUUCUAGUCAUAAAUUACGAGUCGUAAUCAAUUUAGAGUAUUGUCAAUAGAUAAUUGUCUCUCAGGCCGUCAGUCAACAGAAGAUUUUAAAUUGAUCGUAUUUAUUUUUUGCAAUCCGGAUUUGAUAUUAUUAAUAGUUCUUUAAUUACGUUCCUAUCAUGAAGAGGAACAACGAAACAAGUGGAGAUGAUAACCCUAGUCCCCCCUCAAUCUGUAAGUUUAUGCGCCUCGACCUGACCGCGCAGCAGACGUCCUCCGCCCUGGAAAAUCAGGAGGGUCACGGCCGCGGCAUCGUAGUGACGAGCAGUACUGAAGGCACGAGCUCCUCCUCCGACCCUUUCUGUUUGACCGACUUACGAGCCUCGAUCUCCUCCAUCCUUCCUCCCACUCUUGCGUCCCCACCGCGCCCACCUCGUCCCAAGUCACGGAGGGGAUGGUCGACGGACUUUGUUCAUCGGUUUGAAGAUGCAGAAUCCACUUCCGACACUCAAACUUCGUCCGAUGUCAUAAGCAUCUUAUCCGGCAGUUUAAUCACGCCUCCGUCGAACGUCACCGUUCACACGACACGGGAAAGGCGUUUUCAGGACUCUAGAUCUCCUCUGACCGGACCUGGGGGGCGAUGGGGGCCAGAAAGCGGGCACGCAGUUCCUUGGCGACAGGGGAACGGGAGAGUUGGGCGAAUACGGUAUUGUCUUUUGGUCCGGGAGACCUGCCCAAAGAAGUGGAGGCUGUAUUGGGGCCGUAUUUCAAUAUGGUCGAUUCCUGUUCUGAGACGGAGACAGUUCCAAACUUGACGAAGACUGAAUACUUCUACCUCAGUACCAGUCCCGACGCGAGUUCCCAGUCCACGACGACGUUCUCACAUGUUGACAAAUUUACACUCAAGUCUGUCAGCAGAAAGCUCGACUUUGAAGAUAUGGAGAAUACUCCGCCACUAAAAAAUCAACGGAUCGAGGACUCUCCUCCCCCACCAAGAGACCAAACAAAUGAAGAUCCCGUCGGCUCCAUCCAUCGUCUUUGGGAUGCUCACCUGCGGAACAACAACUCCAAUAAAACAACCCCCGUCGACAUGAACGUCUCCAUUGGUCAACCGGCCGCUGCAAGCACGCCGAUAUCCGCCUUGCAACCACCCGGAAAUAGUGGGCGUGAUGAAAACAAUUUUACGCGACGACGCUCCGUGCUCGGUCAUCGCCAAGAUUCGCACAAGUCUCAAGCUUGGUGGGCCAGAAAGUGAAUUAGUCAGUCAACUACAUAUAUCUCACUUAAACGUAAAUACUUAUCAUGCGCAAAAACCUGCAUAUCUGAAAUUCCUCGUUGAAUGCUAAAAUGUUUUUAUAAUGAAUCUAUUAUGUCAAUAUUGAUUACUGAGCAGAGUAGAACAGAAAUGUGUAGAAUUUUAAUGUGUAGUUUAUAUAGGAAAAAAUAUCAAAAUUAUUA